UUAUGCAGUUGUGUUAGUAGCGAGAAAAUUAUGCAUUUAUCGUUUUAUAUUUUAUCCCAAAUUCCCCGUGUGGCCAGGAGUACGGCUAGGAUAUCCCCAGCUGAAUGUUACCUGUUUAGAAGUUUUGGGAUAAGUCCUUCGAGGUUUACUUCGCACUGCGUAGUACAGUACUUAGUUUGUGACACACAUACCGAUCAGUAAAAUGCUCUGAGUUGGCUAUUCGUUUGCACAGUCCAUUUAAAUUGAUUUAACAGUUUAACUUUUUAAUUUUAAGUGCUGAGUGAUCUGUGGAUCUCUGAUUAUCCGCAAUCUGUGAUUCUCAAAGUGUUUUUGAAUCAUCUGGCUCUGAUCCUAUCAUUCUAUUGACUACUGCUCAUCCGCUCAGGGAUAGAUCAUUUUCGUUGUUUGCUGGCUUUGAACCAACUUUUAGAAAGACAGAUUUUGGUAGUGUGACACAGUGACAGUACGCUAAUCAAGUGAACUUGGUUCCGCACUUGAAUUACACCAAAACUGAAAAGCGACAAAAUACUUCAUGGAUUUGCCACUGUUUACCUUUUUUCCUGCCAGAAACUAACAGGUUGAGCCCUCUCUAGCUUCAGUAGCUUUCCGCGGGCAACCAGUAAGGGUUUCUCCAGAGAUAUUGGCGUGUGAUUUCCCUUUUCCAAGGAGAGAUUUAUUAUUUUUUUUACUGAAGCUGGAAGGUUGACGGAGUGUGUGGUAAUCAGCGCCAGAACCGUAUGCCGUUUCCUCAGAUUCUGUCCGAGUGUUAUGUAAAGCUCUGGCUAUCGGGAAUGACCGCCAUGACAUCGAAAAUCCGUGGUCUCGUCAGCAAGAACAAGAGACGCUACCGCGAGGAUGGCUAUGACUUGGAUUUAACAUAUAUAUGCCCUAAUAUAAUUGCGAUGGGCUUUCCUUCGGAGAAGCUGGAGGGCGUUUAUCGGAACCCAUUAGAUGAAGUGCUGCGAUUGCUGGAAUCAAAGCACCAUGGACACUACAAGAUCUACAAUCUGUGCUCGGAAAGGCGUUAUGAUCCGGCCAAAUUUCAUAAUCGCGUGGCGGUCUAUCCCAUUGACGAUCACCAUCCGCCUGAUCUGGAUAUGAUCAAAAGUUUCUGUGAAGAUUUGGAUCAAUGGCUGGCGGAGGAUGUGGAGAAUAUUGCCGCUGUGCAUUGUAAAGCCGGAAAGGGUCGAACGGGUGUGAUGAUCUGUGCGUACCUGCUGCAUCGGGGCCUGAAACAAUCAGCAUCGGAAGCCCUGGAUUUUUAUGGAGCUCAGCGCACAAAAAAUCAGAAAGGUGUGACUAUUCCAAGCCAAAGACGUUAUGUGUAUUACUAUGAUCACAUGCUUCGGAAUAACCUGAAAUACGAACCGGUUGUGCUGCAUUUGGUGUGCAUCGUAUUUUCCAUACUGCCCAAUGUUAGCGGUGGAAUAUGCUUCUCCAUAUCGCAGUCCAAAAGCAAGAUAUGGAAUUCUCCUGUUUAUGAACUCAGGCGCAGUAGCUCAGGUGAACAGUCCGCUGUCCCUCAACGAUUUGAUCUCCUUCCUCCUCUUGUUCUUACGGGUGAUAUCAAACUCCAAUGUUUUUCCCUCAAGCAUUUAUUUAACAAUCCCAAAAUUACUUCCAAAAAGGAAGCCUUGUUCCAUUUUUGUUUUAAUACAUUUUUUGUUGGUCAAACAAUUUCCUUGGAUGACUCGAGAUUAACCGAAGAGGAAAAUGCUGAAAUGGAAAGUGCUGUAAAUAAUUUAUUAGCCAACAUGAGUUUAUACUCGUCCUCCCGGUCCAGCAUGUCGUCCGAACGCAGUGGACAGUCGACGGAAGGACUGCCGUCCCUGCAUGAAGACAAGGACCAACAUAUUGUGCUGACACUGCGCAAAGUUGACGUUGAUCCGGCCAACAAAGACAAGAAUUCCAAAGUGUUGCCAAAUGAUUUUGUGAUGCAGCUGAUUUUUAAACGAUGCGAUGUAGCCGCGAAUGUCGACAAUUGUCCCAAUUCUCAGUAUGUGGAAGACAGCGAUCAUGACGAAGGCACGGCGGAAUACGAAUCGUACUCUGAGGAUGAAGAUGACGACUGAAAGAAGCCUUUUUCCAAAAAUGAUCCAUUCAUGCUUGUGGUGCGGGAUAGAUUCACGGACAGAUGCUGGAUGACAUUCAUACCACCCAGCUGGUCUCGAGCCUCUCAGACGGCAGUCUGAGCGUUACACUCGGCGUUACACAGUGAAUCUCCUGUUAGACGUCCUUUUUCUGACAUGCGAUAUGACAGGGUGGUAUUCUAUUUAAAAAAUGUGCUAGUAUUAUUUUGUGAGAAAUUAAUUGUACAUUCUAUUUAUUCAAUGCAGAACUGCUGUGCAAUGCCGAGGUUUUUAAUUUAACGUUAUUGUUAUGCAGAGGAAACGGGUUGUUCCCCGUAUAUUUUACAUGUCCAUACGGAAUUAUUUGUAUGUAUGGAUUGAGACAAAACAGUCGCCUGAUUAAAUGGGGAGUAUUG